UGCUAUGCCAAACGUAAAGUUUACCAAAAUGGUCCGCGUGUUCAAUCCGGACCGUCAAACGCGAUUGGAGCCCAGGUUGAUCAGCAAAACAAUAACUACACCGGACGGCGUGCUUUGGAAAUUUGCUCCGCUACUGUUGGAUCGAUACCACCGAUUUACAACAAGUUUAAAGGUACGGUCAUGUUUAAUCCUCCCGCCCGAGACCGAUUUUGCCCUUCAACACACCGACCAUGAUAAUAUACGUCUUUAUAUACGACGCAGUUCACGAUAUAAUCAAAUCAAAUGCUAUACUUUUCUCACGUAG